UCCUCCAAGCUCCGCCCUCUGCAGAGCCUCUAAUAGCGAGCUUCCGCCAGUCUUUCUCCCUUUUUCGCCCGUCCAGCCAUCGUGGUGGAAGCUCGGCUGUCAUCUCAUCAUCAUGUCCUCUCAUAAAACAUUCAGAAUCAAAAGGUUCCUGGCCAAGAAACAGAAGCAGAAUCGUCCUAUUCCUCAAUGGAUUCGAAUGAAAACUGGUAAUAAGAUCAGGUACAACUCAAAGAGAAGACACUGGAGAAGGACCAAGCUCGGGUUAUAAGAAUGGCCAGCUCAAUGAAAGACAUUCUACACCAAUAUCAUCUCUCCCCCCCUUUAAUCAUGUCAUCCAUCUAUCCAUCCGGCCAUCCAUUCACUCAUCAAUCAUGCAAUCGCCUCAUUGCCCCCCUAAUAAGAAAUAAAUACUAGUACUGCCCUCUCUCGUUUCGGAAACCGUCUGCCUUGGCAGAUAUCCCAAAAAACCCAACCCAACAAAGUUAAAUUUGUCUUGCCCUUAAAUGUUUUCAUAAAUUCCAUCCAUGCGUUUGGGUAAUGUGUGUUGUGAUAUAGUUUUCGAUUACUGUUAUCUGCAUCUCUAUGUAGCAUUUGUGCGUUCGAGGUUAUGCUUAAGAGGCAGAGAUCACAAUGAAACAAAAGUUACUCUACUGAAGAAGAAUCAAGCUCAAGCCCUGCCUUGAACAAGCUGUCACAAUAACCUCUCUGUGUUUCGUUUUGUGUUCUAAGGAGUUAUAAGAGAGCACCUACCUCACAGGGUUGUUGUGGGGAUCUAAGAUUUGCAAGCCUUCAGUGUAAGCCUCCAGUGCUGCUAAUCAGGAGCUAUUUCAGCCAGAUUAUGCGCAGCUGACUGUGCUCACUUAUCAAACUCACAGUCAGAGAAGUAGCCUGUUGACCCCAUGCUUAUUUCACACAAUAAGCCGUCUUAGUUCCUAGUUGGGAGAUGGUAUUUUUGAGUGUUGGCGACUGUAAAAAGUUGUCGGUUAUUUGUGUGUUCCGGGAGAGCCCAACCUUUUUGUAGGAACUAGACUUGGUCCAGGUGAAUGGCUUCACAAUUAUCUGAAGAUGCAAUUCUGCUAAUAAAGGGCUUCUACAAAAAAAAAAAAAAAAAAAAAGCUUUAUUUGUGACUACUUUGCGCCUCUGGAAAGGGGAGGGAAUAAGGACAAGCAGGGUAGGGUUUCUCUGUUCAGAACUCUAAGCGUCGCCUGCUAUUUAACACUGGCUAAUAAUUAAAAACCAUGUUUACUAACCAUGUCUAAAGAAAGACUUGGAUAAAAUGCAACACCCAUUUCUGUUGGAAACCACAAAAUGGGAAUAAGGGAUUAAAACAACAGCAGGAGAUUCUACUGGAAACAUGGGAUAUAUAAGAUGAAUAAACACGAUUUAUUCAUUCAAA